UGAGCGCUGCUGGGUGAAACCAGGGAGUGGUGUAACCUGAGCUUAGGUUUGUUUACCAGCUACACAGAGGAGGGGAGAAGUAGCAGAGACAGCAGCCAAAGUCAUAACAGGGCCCAGCCGCCCCACCCCUGACAUAACAGGUCCGUGCAACCCCGUGUGAGUCACGGCACAUCCAUAAGGUGCGGCUGGCCAGCAGCAGUAAGCGGCCCUGCCUAUCCCCAGUGUCAGCACUCGCCUGAGUGAGAGCAGAGAGGAGACACGCACUAUCGCUCACCGGCCAGUGUAGCUUGUUCUGCUCGGACCACACAUCUACAACAUGUUCAAGUGCGGCAUCGCCUAUCCCAGGUGCAAAUGGAUCCUGCCCCUGCUCCUGCUCUUCGCAAUCAUCUUCGAUAUCAUCGCCCUGGCCGGCAAGGGCUGGGUGGAGACGGAGUCCGGCAGGGAGUAUGCCUCUCUCUGGGAAGCGUGCAAGGUGUACAAUAAUCACUGUGAUUCCAUCCAGGACUUCGCGUGGGGCAAAGCAGCAGCUGCUCUUCUGAUCAUUGGCUUUAUCAUCCUCAUCUUAUGCUUCAUAGUCUCCUUUAUUGCACUGUGUUCACCACGGAUUUCACUGCUGAGAAUAAUUGGAGCACUUCUCUUCUUGGCUGUUAUUUUGCAGAUAAUUGCACUUGUCAUUUAUCCUGUCAAAUUCACAUCCGACCUCGCCGUAUCUCCUUCUGAAAACUACCUGUAUAGCUGGACCUACGGCUUUGGUUGGGGCAGUACUAUCAUCAUGUUUGGCUGCGGAAUCUUCUUUUGCUGUCUCCCCAAUUUUGAGGAUGAACUACUGGGCAAUGUCAAGACCAAAUACUUCUAUACAUCCUCCUAAAUUUAGGACUACAACAGGUUUUCUUUUUUUUUUUUUUCCUCUCCCCCUUUAACGUUUGGAAAGAGAUGGACAUAUUUUGAUAUCCUCAUCUGGUGUUCCUAUUCUAUCGGACAUAUAUACAUAUAUUUUAUCUAUUUGGUUUGUGCUUUUAACUAGAAAAUGUAUUUGUUCCAUUAGCUAUAUAUUUUUCUAUAACAAAUAUUUGUAUGUGACAUCGGCAAGUAUGUACCCUGCCUCAUGGGCCCUACACACUGGCAGAAUUCACUGAACGAUAUGAAUGUUCUUGUUCAGUAAUGAACGAGAACUUGUUCAUAUCAAUCAGUGUGGAGGCAGCAACAAUGCACGGCCCCGCGCUCGUUCAUCGUUGGUUCCCCGUCGCUUAUGCAUGCAGGCCAAUAUGUACAAUAUCGUCCAUAUUCGCAUGCACUGCUAUGGAGCUGGGUGACGUGGGGAGUGAAGAAACUUCACUCAGCUGCAUCCCCCCCUUCCCCUGCCGCUGGGUCAGGCGCUGGCCGUAUCUGCCUUCGGGCACCUUGGCGGCACAUAUCCAUAUGUGUAGGGCUCAUUAGAAUAAAGCAUUCUGUAUUAUUGUAAAUUGUAAGACAUUGUUUAAAGGUCUUCAUAGUAUUUUCAAAAGUUAAAGGGCUACAUUUUAACUUCUAGAAAUAAGAACACAUUUUAACUGCACAGACCACCGUAUCAAUAAUUGUACAAUGCAAUUCCUUUCUUUUUGUUUUUAAUGCUUUUGCACAUGUUGCUUAUUUUAACUAUUAGCAUUAAGGGUAGAAGUUGUAUGAUAUCUUUUUUUUUUAUUUUCUUUUAAAGUUAAUUGGGGAAAUUAAAGAAUUGGACAGUGGAAAAAAUGAUUGGUUAACAACACUCCCUCAAAAAUAAAUGACUUCUCACUGAGACCUCAAUCAAGCACUCAGUCUGUUUUUUUGUUUUUCAGAAAUGCAUGCAUAGUUCUAAGCAAUAUAAUCACUGACUGCCUUUAGCCAACUUCAGUUUCUUGGCAAAUACAUUAAGGUCUGCAGUUUUGUCAAAGUGUAUUGCCUUAUCUUUGUAGCUUUCCAACAAAGGCACUAUAUAAGCCUCAUUAAACCCUUUCUGAAAAGCAUGGAGAGAUAAGGCUCCUGACCAGCAUAUUCUGCUGAUCACAGCUGCACCUCUGUUUAGGCUCCAGAAACACUGACCGGGAAAGUGCACUUCAUUAAAGAUCUCCUCGCAAGGUAAUCAGUGACCAAACGAAGAGAGUACUAAAGAGUAAAUGGUCUAUUUUCUUUACUAUUUUCCUGGACAGUAGUAACUUUUGUUGCAAAUAUUUCUAUGGCCCAGUGAGCAGAACCAUCUGGGAAAUUUUAGACUGAGCAAUAACUUAUUCAUAUGGUUAUGUGACAUCGAUGGUCACUGACUUUCACAAAUAUGCAACGUAUAAAGUAACCGCAAAUCUACCAGUGAGAGAUUAAUUCUCCAAACUGUCAUUUGUUUACAAAAGGAUAUAACGCUCUUAAUUUGGUGGGUGCUAAAAAAAAAAUGCUGAUUUUAAUUACCUAGUGCAUCAUAUAUUCAUAUGUUUUCUUCUUGUUCUAUUGAAAACCUUUAGAAAGCCUACAAAAUGAAUAGUCAAAUUCAACUCCUGACCUAUAAAUUAUGAUGAAAAUCUCCAUAACCAAGAACAGGAUUUAUGAGAGGCAAUAUAAAUUCUAUGCUAGUUUAAUGCAAAUACGUGCAACUAUAUCCCUUUUUGGGUAUGAUCGCUCAUUGCACUUAGAGCCAUUCUCAUUAGGGAUUGUAGGAACUAGAACACACAUAGAUAGAUAUACUGUAUACAGUAUAUCUAUCAGCUACUGAGAAAUGUAUAUACCAGAUAUAGCUUUAUACUAUCCAGCAUUGUAGGUUAUACAGUUAGUGAGUUGUAUCUUCAAACUGCCUGAUCUUAAACAAAGCCUGGACCAACACCAUGUUUCUGUGGGAUUAUUCUUACAUCUGUAUGACAUUAGAAACAGGAUGGGUGUGGCUCCGCACCAUUCAAGAAUAGAAAUAAGUCAAUUAGUAAGAAAAACCAGCAUUCAUGAGAUAUAGUGACUAACUGUCCCAAUUAAUGCUGCUGGCGGUGCACCAUAAAGUCAGUAAGUAAACUGAAAUACAGAUAAAAGAGAAAAGAAAGUACUUUCUUUGGCGCACUCUUGAAAGAGAAUAUAUUAAAUUCGUAUGAAUUGAUAAUGUUAAGGAAUAUAAAACAUUCAUUUUAUUUAAUCUAUUACAGGUUGAGUAUCCCUUAUCCAAAAUGCUUGGGACCAGAGGUAUUUUGGAUAAGGGAUUUUUCCGUAUUUUGGAAUAAUUGCAUACCAUAAUGAGAUAUCAUGGCGAUGGGACCCAAGUCUAAGCACAGAAGGCAUUUAUGUUUCAUAUACACCUUAUACACACAGCCUGAAGGUCAUUUAAUACAAUAUUUUUAAUAACUUUGUGUAUUAAACAAAGUUUGUGUACAUUGAGCCAUCCGAAAACAAAGGUUUCACUAUCUCACUCACUCAAAAAAGUCUCUGUAUUUCGGAAUAUUCCGUAUUUCGGAAUAUUUGGAUAUGGGAUACUCAACCUGUAAUAUAAAGUCUCCUGAAAUGUUGUUUAAAAUGAACUGAUGAAUAUCCGUUUGAUUCGUGCGGAAGGGAUAGCGGUGAUGAUGGUAUUGUAAUUGUAGUCCUAGAUUGAAUUUAAAUCAGCGUACCUCUGGUCCUAGAUUGGCCAAGACAUUUGUCCAAUCUAGGACCAGAUCUUUAGAGGUACGCUGAUUUAGGUUCAGUAUAGGUCUACAAUUCCAAUACCAUCAUCACCGCUAUCCUUGCCGCACGAAUCAUCAAACGGAUAUUCAUCAGUUCAUUUUAAACAACAUUUCAGGAGACUUUAUAUUAAUAGAUUUAAAUAAGUUAUGUUUUAUGUUCCUUAACAUUAUCAAAUCAUACAAAUUUUCUAUAUUCCCUUGCAAGAGUGCGCCAAACAAGAAAGUGCUUUCUUUUCUCUUUUUUUCCCUGUAUUCCAUCUGUAUAACAUUGUCAGUAGGGCUUUGGAAGGAGAUAAGGCAAGAUGUGAACAUUGUGGGUACAAGUGAAUCUAACUUAAAAGCUUACAAUUCAAUACAGUCAUAGAAGCUACAGUAGGUAACCUACUAUUUGAUGACCUAAAUUAGACCAAUACAAAGUGGAAAUAAAAUGUCCUAGUUCCUUACAGCUGUAUCUGUACUGUAAAUAUUCCAGUAACAUGAGGGAACAUAACUGUCUAUUUUACAAAAAGUGUUUAAAACUAUUAUAGAAAUACCAAAUGAUUUGUACUGUACCGUUGUUUCCAUAUCUGAUUUUUUGGCUUGCCUUUUUACUAAAAUAAAUGUAAAACCAAGAA